UCGGAAUCCACAACCACGCUUCCCAGCACGACAAACGAAGACCUCACACCCCUCGAGCAAGAUGUCUUGGACGAAUAUGAGCGCUUGGCAGAGAAUAUGAAGAAGCUUGCAAGCCUCCUCGAUACAAUGGCGGGCAAGCCAACGGCAGAGAUCUUGGAUGGGCUGCGGCAACUGGAGCGCAAGACUAGCUUGGUGUUUACGUUAUUGAAAGCGAGUGUGUAUAGUAUUGUGUUGCAGCAAGAGAUAUACUCGGGGGAUCAA